AUGCUCUGUUUCGUCUUCCUUCUUCAUAUUACUUGUCGCGGCUUUCAAUCAACCAUGAUUCCCUCACCGUUCGCUCUCGGCGCAACACUUGUUGCGAGCAUAGUCACCGUACACUAUGCGCACGCCGCCACUGAUUCGUUGCAGACGACUCUAGUCAAGCCCGCGCGUGCCAUCAACGGCAUUGCGCCGACGACUCGAUCCUAUUGGAUGAGGCAAGCGAAUCAGGCGCUUGCAGACGUCCUGGGCACGCCUUGUCCGUUUGCUGCCUUUGGAACCGCCAUUGUGAACCAUACCGGUCAUGGCCUCGGAAACCUUAUUUGCAUUGGCGCGAAUACUAACCCAGAGACGGGAAACCCGACAUUGCACGGCGAAAUCGCCGCCAUCCAAAACUGCACCAGCAUCCUGACGGAUCCCAAGGGGCCUUACAACCUCACCGCCGCCGAAUCACUAUUAGCAUUCUCCCAGCUGUCCCUGUACACAAAUGCCGAGAGCUGCCCCAUGUGCGCUUCCGCAAUUCGAUGGGCCGGCUUCAAAGAGUACAUUUACGGCACCUCGAUUGAUCGGCUCGUGGGGGAAGGAUGGGCUCAGAUCCGGAUCUCAUCGAUGGAAGUGUUUCGCCAGUCAUUUGACCUGGCUUCGACCACGAGACUGAUGGGAGAAGUCUUGGCCAACGAGACGGACCCGUACUUCUUAUGGCAGUAUGAUCCAGACUACAGAUGCCCCUCGGGAUGCGCAAGACGCAACGGUAGAUGCAAAGCUCAUUAA